AAAUGUUGAAACAUAGCGUGCAUGCCAUGAAAAACAGUAUUGUCAAACUGAAACCAUACACGGGGGUCAUGUCUAUUUAAUUCCUAACGUUAAAUAUCAACUCAAAGAGGAGAGCACUUCAUUCAUUUACUUAUUUUGGGUAGGCAUGCUGGUCAGCUGUAAAAAUAAUAAGAGAACUGAUCACACUGUGCAGACUAACCGUCAAGAUGCUUUAAUGGUAUAUUUGAGCAUGAGCUUUUGUGAUGCAUCACUUCAUCAGAUGCAUUGAAGUAUUCCUGCUUUGCACUGGAUAAACAACAAUGAGCUCUUCAAAACCACCAUCUGCUGGCAGCAAAAGACAUGGCUUGUCCGACAGCGUCUUUGUGUCCCCUGGCACCAAGCAGCAGCCUCUCAGCGCCUCCGGCACCCCAGUGCUAGAGAACUGUCCCGGAAACGAUGACGAGCGGGAGAGGAAGCAGCGGCGACGCUCCCGAGUGGUUGACCUACAGUUCAGCACCGACUCGCCUCUGUCCGCACAGUCUCCCAUUAGCAAGCAAGCUGAAACAUCGUUGCCAGCAAUCCCACAAUUGACAAAUGCCCAGAUUGCAGAUCAUUAUUCCACAUGCAUCAAACUUUCAACAGAAAAUAAAAUCACUACAAAGAAUGUGUUUGGCUUGCACCUCAUCGACUAUAUGACGGAAAUACUCAAACAGAAAGAUUCUGAACUAACCAACUUUAAGGUGGCAGCUGGUACCCUCGAUGCAAGUGCAAAGAUCUACGCAGUGAGAGUUGAUGCUGUGCAUGCAGAUGUUUACAGGGUUCUUGGAGGACUAGGCAAAGAUGCUGCACCGACAGGGUCGGAGGCCGACCAGGAUAUAGGUGAAGGAAGUGUGGAUUCUGAGAACUCAAAGAGGCCCCUGAGCAAGAGGAAACUCCUGUACAAAACGAUUGAAAAGAACCUGAAUAACAUUAAUGUCUCUGAGACGGAUCGUAAAUGCGAGGUCAACCCCAUGUUCCAGAAGACGGCGACCUCUUUUGACGAGUGUAGUACAGCAGGUGUCUUCCUCACCACACUUCACACCCACAGCUAUCUCAGUGAAGUGUUGUUUGAUGCCAGCGUCACACCACUCCCUUCUUCUGCACCUUCAGAGUCACCAAGUUCUUCUCCUGUGAAAGUGGCGGAUUUAAAAUCCAUCCUUCUGCAGUGUGUUGAAAAGCGCCCAAUUUGCCCUUCCUUGAGCGGUUUCCUCUUUACUCAGUGGACCAGUGAAACUCAUAAUGAGUCUGUGUCAGCUCUGUUGGAUAAAUUUAGGAAGAGCGAUCAGGUGUUUGAUGUCAACGCAGAGGUGGAUAGUGACUCUGGGGACUAUGCCGAGGACCCUGGGGAGAAUGACUUUGAUGCUGAUGCCUUGGACAAGACAGCUGGGAAGGAUCUUGGGGAGUUCUCUGAGAAGUUGGAGGCAUGCAGAAUAGCACCGGGAAGCUCAAGAAAAGACAUCAUGCCCCUGGGGGAAGAAGAUGUUGGGUCCAUGUGUCUUCACUUGUCGGUGAACCCCAGCGAGUAUUCUUACUUCAGCCCCCGGACCAUGUCCAUGUGGGCAGGCCCCGAACACUGGCGUUUCAAGCCUCGCCAUAAAGGUGAUGCCAACUUGGAGAAAGUAAGCAAAAGGAAGGCUGCAAAGAAGGCCUUUGAAAUCAACUUUGACGAAGAAAUUGAGUUUGAGCUCCAUUUCCGCACGACAAGAGCGGCUACAACUCUGGCCAAGUCCACCCUUGAAAGCCAAAACAAGAAGAGCAGCACCCUGCCUGCGGACUUCCAUUAUGACCCCGACAACCUCACCCGGCUCUUCCUCAAACCAGCCAACAAGCUGUGGAAGACGGCGCAACCGGGCAGCUUGUCCCGACACGACGAGGAGGUUGGAGAGUAUGAUUACAACAACCCCAACGACACCUCCAAUUUCUGUCCUGCACUGCAAGAUGCGGACAGCGACGGCGACGAUCCCGUGGACUUCGUGGGCCAAGGGGGGAUGUUUGAAAUGACUGCCAACCCGACAGCGGGGGCGGGCCCGAAUGCAGAGCUCAACAGAGGCCUCGACGGGCUCAACAUCACCACUUAUGGGGAAUCGAAUCUGCUGGCCGAGCCGCAGAAAGUGAACAAGAUAGAUAUUCAGUAUGCAAAGACUGCCAAGAAGAUGGACAUGAAGAGGCUAAAACGGACCAUGUGGUGCCUCCUGACUGACUCCCCGAAGACUCAAAUGGAGGCAGAGAAGGAUAACUUGGAGAAAAGCACAAACUCUUCAGCUGUAGCAGGUCCAAAGAUCUUCAGCAGCAUCACCCAGGAGCUGCUUCACAGGUUGCCCUCCAUGAUGGCAAAGAACCUGUCCGUGCCACUGGCAUUUGCUUGCCUCUUGCAUCUGGCUAACGAAAAGAACCUGAAGCUGGAAGGGGUGGAGGACUUGUCCGAAGUCUUAGUGCUGCAAGGAGACUAACAUGUGCCACUUGGGCAGAGCAGACAGCAAUUGGGCCCUUUACCAGCGGGUUCUCUGCCACGAUGGAAGACUUCGCCACAGUUUUGGUCACGGUGGCCUUGUUCUGUGCCGCUGACCACUCACAGCUGCUUCUCCUCUUCCCCUUGAGGAUGUCGGGAAGGGCAUCAGCCUGAUUCCAUCAAUUCUGUGAAUCACAAACUGUUUCAACAAGCACAGGACCAUUUGGAAUUGUGGGCAGCCAGCGAGACCGCCAGGGUGUGUGUGUAGCCCUUCUUACCAUUCUCUCCCCCGUCCACCGUGACUGUGUAGUUGGCGUGGGCAACCUUGGCUCUCCAACGGUUGCUGAACUACAACUCCCAGCAUCCUCAGCUGCAGUUGUGGUUGGGGAAGAUGGAAGUUUUAGUUCAGCAACUGUUGGAGAUCCAAGGUUGCCUACCCCUGUUCUAGGCUGUGGCCCACACGCUCCCUGAAAUUAAUCUGUGCUCUUGCAGACAGCAAAGAAUUGCUAAGUAUAUCCAGUCUGCUUCUAGUAUAUAUCAGCUUUGUGUACAUAGAGUUUCCCCUGUCCCUUUUGCCUUCUUUUUACACUUUCUCAUUUUACAUCGUAAUUAUCUUGAAUUGUUUUAUAUAUUUGUACAGAGGACUUUCUUUUUAAAAAAUAAUAAUAAACUAUGACAAUGUGAAACCA